UGCGGAUUCGCGAGGCGCGCCUUGGAGCUGCUGGAGAUCCGGAAACGCUGCCCCAGGCUCUGGGAAACCACCGAAUGGAGAAAGUUGAGGUAAAGUUAAGUCAAGAACUUGACUAAAGCGCAGAGCUGUUAAUGGGGGAGGCAAGAAGCAAGCACAGACCAUCUGGUCCUGAGGCCUGGGGUCCUCAUGCUAUACUAACGCCACUGCCUCAGGGCACAACUGUGCAUGGCAGCAACUCUUAGACACCUCAGUCACCAGUGUCCUUGAUUUGCCAGCGGCUUCUAUUUGAGUGUCCCACGUAGGAACAACAGCUCAGUAGGAAGAGAUCCACAGCAAAGUGAGAAGCCAUCCACACCAUGUUCUGCACGAAGCUGAAGGAUCUCAAGAUCACAGGGGAGUGCCCUUUCUCCUUACUGGCACCAGGGCAGGCUCCUAAAGAGCCGGCAGAGGAGGUAGCAGGAAGCUCAGAGAGCUGCAAAGCAACCCUGCCCAUCUGUCAGGACGUUGCUGAGAAGAAUGUACAGGGAAAUCUUCCUCAAAGAAAGACCAGUCGGAGCCGGGUCUAUCUUCACACGUUGGCGGAGAGCAUCUGCAAACUGAUCUUCCCCGAGUUUGAGCGGCUGAACCUUGCGCUUCAGAGAACAUUGGCAAAACACAAAAUAAAAGAAAGCAGGAAAUCUUUGGAAAGAGAAGACUUUGAAAAAAUAAUUGCAGACCAAGCAGUUGCAGCAGGAGUUCCAGUGGAAAUCGUCAAAGAAUCUCUUGGUGAAGAGCUUUUUAAAAUAUGCUAUGAGGAAGAUGAACAUAUCUUGGGUGUGGUUGGAGGAACCCUCAAAGAUUUUUUAAAUAGCUUCAGCACCCUUCUGAAACAGAGCAGCCACUGCCAAGAAGCAGAAAAGAGAGGCAGGCUGGAAGACGCCUCCAUUCUAUGCCUGGAUAAAGAUCACGACUUCUUAAAUGUUUACUAUUUCUUCCCUAAGAGAACCACGUCCCUGAUUCUUCCUGGCAUCAUUAAGGCAGCUGCUCACACAUUGUACGAAACCGAAGUGGAAGUGUCUGUGAGGCCUCCCUGCUUCCGUAACGAUUGCAGCGAGUUUGUUAACCAGCCUUAUUUGUUAUACUCCGUUCACAUCAAAAGCACCAGACCAUCCCUGUCCCCCGGCAAACCCCAGUCCUCGCUGGUCAUCCCCGCUUCUCUCUUCUGUAAGACAUUUCCGUUCCAUUUCAUGUUUGACAGAGAGAUGACGGUUCUGCAAUUUGGCAAUGGCAUCAGGAGGCUGAUGAACAGGAGGGACUUUCAAGGGAAGCCGAAUUUUGAAGAGUACUUUGAAAUUCUGACUCCAAAAAUCAAGCAAACGUUUAGCGGAAUCAUGACUAUGUUGAAUAUGCAGUUCAUUGUUCGAGUGAGGAGAUGGGAUAACUCUGUGAAGAAAUCUUCAAAGGUUAUGGACCUCAAAGGCCAAAUGAUCUACAUUGUUGAAUCUAGUGCCAUCUUGUUCUUGGGGUCACCCUGUGUGGACCGAUUAGAAGAUUUUACAGGACGAGGGCUCUACCUCUCAGACAUCCCAAUUCACAAUGCACUGAGGGAUGUGGUCCUCAUAGGCGAACAAGCCAGAGCUCAAGAUGGCCUAAAAAAGAGGCUGGGCAAGCUGAAGGCCACCCUGGAGCAAGCCCACCAAGCCCUGGAGGAAGAGAAGAAGAAGACAGUCGAUCUUCUGUGCUCCAUAUUUCCCUGCGAGGUGGCGCAGCAGCUGUGGCAAGGGCAAGUUGUACAAGCCAAGAAGUUCAGUAACGUCACCAUGCUUUUCUCGGACAUUGUUGGGUUCACUGCCAUCUGUUCCCAGUGCUCACCACUGCAGGUCAUCACCAUGCUCAAUGCACUCUACACUCGCUUUGACCGGCAGUGUGGAGAGCUGGAUGUCUACAAGGUGGAGACCAUUGGUGAUGCAUAUUGUGUGGCGGGGGGAUUACACAGAGAAAGUGAUACCCAUGCUGUUCAGAUAGCGCUGAUGGCCCUGAAGAUGAUGGAGCUCUCUGAUGAAGUCAUGUCUCCCCAUGGAGAACCCAUCAAGAUGCGAAUUGGACUGCAUUCUGGGUCAGUUUUUGCUGGAGUUGUUGGAGUUAAAAUGCCCCGUUACUGUCUUUUUGGAAACAAUGUCACCUUGGCUAACAAAUUUGAGUCCUGCAGUGUGCCACGGAAAAUCAAUGUCAGUCCAACAACUUACAGAUUACUCAAAGACUAUCCUGGUUUUGUGUUUACUCCUCGAUCAAGGGAGGAACUUCCACCAAACUUCCCCAGUGAGAUUCCUGGAAUCUGUUAUUUUCUGGAAGCUUAUCAACAAGGAAAAAAUUCAAAACCAUGGUUCCAAAAGAAAGAUGUUGAAGAUGGCAAUGCCAAUUUUUUAGGCAAAGCAUCCGGAAUAGAUUAGCGAAAUAUAUACCUGAUUGUUAGUCUUUGGGGUUUGGCUCCUUCAGGCAUGUGUGGAACCUCUGAAAGCACUUUAGGAUUGUGGAUGGCUAAAGAGCAGUAUUACAAUUUCAGGAGCUAAGUCACGAUCUACUUUUUCUUCCACUUAAUGUAACAAAAAUGUAUUCACUUCAAUACUUCAACUCUGCAGUGAAAAACGAAAAAGAGGGAAACCUCAAAAAGUGACUUUUGGGGACUAUUUCUGGUAUAUAACAAUCACUUAUUACCUGUACUCGAAAUUCAGCACAUUGUACAUAUAUCGGGUAAUUGUAGUUAACUGUGCAACCUGAUGGAGUCACCUGCAGUGCUGUGUCCUGGUGGAAUGCCAUGGUUGUUCAAGUGUAUUUGUGAUAGUGUUGCCUUAAAAAACACUUUCUGAAUAGAAAUUAUUGUCUUUGAUACCGUAAGCUCUUUGAAACUUUCAACUCUACAUUUUAUUACGUUUCCUCAUUUAACUGUCAGCAUAUAUAACAAAAGAGAAUUUUUUUCCUAUUGCACUUUUCUUUUUUUAAGAAAAUAAGCAAUUAUGGGUUAGGUGCAAUAUAAAUAUAAAAUAGUUCUUCUGUAAAUAUCAAAGGUUAUUUUAUAAAAAUAUUCUCCAUAACCUAAUGUGUCAUCAUAAUAAAUACUUCCUUUUGUUUGAAAUUUUUUAAAAUUCUAUAUAUGAUAAAGGCUAUUUUAAUUCAUAUUAGCAAUUUAAUUCCUAUUAAUGCAUUUUUGUGUCAUAAUAUUUAGGUUAAAAGAGGCUUAUGGCCUAUAUUAAAAUGCAAUAAUAUUAUUCUAAUUGAAUUUAACCAGAAGCAACAUGGGGGUAAAGUAAACAUCCAGAGAACAUACUAUAAAGUACAAAAGUAAAACAUUUAUACACACAUGCACAUACACAUGGAGUAUUUUAAUCUAUUUCAGCAGACAUCAUCCAUUGCCAUGCUGAGCCAUAUAAAAGUUCCAAUAAGAAAAUCUAAGUUCGGAGGUGAGAAAUAAGACUUAGUCUUUUUGCUGAUAGCUUAUUUUUAAGUAUUUUUGUUGCACACACACAACAAAAUGUUUGGUGUGUGGAUAUGUCCAAGGAAUCAUCAAGUUUUUUGUCUUAUUAAGUACACAUCUGUGAAUUGUUUAUUCUGGUUGAAAUAUCUCAACGAUGUUUUUUAAAGAGAACGUUGAUAUAGAUGAAGAAAAUGAUGCUGUGAUUUCACUAUGGAAAUUUCCAAACAUUUUUCUCAAGCUGGAACUUUUGUUUUUAAUUUUAGUUUAGACUAAGACCUCUGGUGAACUCAAUAACCCGCAGAGUUUGGUUUGGGGUAGGAUUUGAUUUUAAAAAGCUCAACUUCAAAGCCAGAGAAAGACGAACGUUAUAGUUUUUAAAUCAGUAUUCACGGAGCCAUAGAUACACUGAAUUCAUUUGGGGUUCUAAGAAAAACUCAGUUUAAAAGUCUUUUAAUUGUCUCCAUUAGUGCCCAGGCUAGCUCAUGAUGACCUCAGGAAUAAAAAGUCAUUAUGGAUUGAUCUCUCAUAUUCCAAGGGUACUACUAUAGAUAUUUCCAUUAGAUUACUAUUUACUAAAUGAUACCUCAAUGUCUUGAAGGAUUGAAUGUGUCUCAUUAAAUACCCAUCCUAUUAUUGGAGAUUUCCACAAGCCUUGGGAAAAUAUAGUUAUAGUCUCAUAAUUAUAUGAAGUUAAUAAAAGCAUUUAAAAGGAAAAUAAAGACUUAAAUGCAUUUUUCUUUCUGGAACUGAGCCCUUAUUUUAGGGAAUAUAAUAGGAAAUUAAAAGCAUAAUAAAAUGUCUUCAUCAAAUAUUUAAGCAGACCCCAAUUUGGUGAUAAUUUUUGUUUUAAAGUUUAUAAGUUAAUUAGAAUUCAAAAAAUAUUUAUGUGUCUGUGUGAACCAAUGUAGGAGAAUGUAAAGAAUCAGAGUGAAAGCUGUAUGGAAUUCCUUCUACUAUUCCUGCAAUCUUUAUGUAAGUUUGACAUUUUAUCUAAAUAAAAAGUUACCAAAAAGUGUA